AUGGCCCGCAUCCUCGACCUGGUGCCCUGGGAAGAUGGUUCCACGCACGUGUACGCGUCCCCGGCCAUCCUGCUGCCCAUGGGGCGGCAGCGCAACCAGCUGGCCGGUGUGAAGCAGCAGCUCUACCACCCAAACCUGCCCAGCCUGCGCCGCAUGGACAUGGACUCCGUCAGGGCCUGCCUCUCCGACGAGCACUGCCAGUCCACCACCUACUGCUGCAAAGAUGACUUUGACAACGCCCACUUCACGCUGCUCGGUGUUCCCAACAAACCCCUGCAGAGCUUGGACAUCACGGCCACUGGCCGGAGGGUCCGAAACAGGUGCCGCGAGGGAAAGCUAUCGCCCAUCGCGCCAGGCAUCAGCCAGGUCGGCUGGCCCUGCUUCACGCGCGCCAUCGAAGACUGGUCCCGCUUCGUGUCCUCUGCUGGCGAGUUCAGGCUGCCCUGCCUCGGCAAGAGGGUCGAGAGUUUCAGCGGUUACGCGGUGCGGUACCUGAAGCCGGAGGUGACCCAGAACUGGCGGCGCUCCGUUGGGCUUGGGCAGUGGAGUCCAUGUCCCCCUGCUCAAAGGAUCCCCCUCCCAUCCUUCUGCCCCCACCCCCAGUUCUGUCUUAACCAGAAUCCCAGCCUGGACCGUUAUGGACAGAAACCCCUGCCUUUCGACACCCUUAAUGCUUUCCGACGCUUCUCCUCGAAGUACAGUCGUGUCAACUACCUGACCCCCUGGCAUUAAUCUGUGAAAAGGAGUUGACCCCCAGGCUGCCAGACAGUGCCACCUCAAGGCCCCCAGCAAGACAGAGAGUAUAUGGUGGCAGCACCCAACUCCUUAAGAGUUCAGCCUGACUGGAAAUAAACCUUAUGCUCCACAAGGAGGC